AUGCAGCCCUCGCCCCGCCCCCCCUCGUCCUCGUCCCGCCCCGCACUCACCCCCGCACCCGCCCCCGCACCCGCCUCCCGCCCUCUCCACACCGUCAACACCCAGACACACACAAUCGACUCCGUCCACGGCCGCAUCCUCUGCAUCGCAGACAUCCGCGGCCGCCUCUCCGCCCUCAACGACCUCGCCCGCGACGCAAACGCAAAGGCAAUCAUCCACACAGGCGACUUUGGCAUAUUCGACGCAUCCAGCAUCGACCGCAUCCAUGACAGGACCCUCCGCCACCUCACCAUGUACUCCCCCCUCAUCCCCCACAACCAGCGCAACCACCUCCUCUCCGCGGACAACACCCCCGCAACCGUCCGCGCAGCCAUGAGCAUCUCCAUGCUCUCCGAGUUCCCCCUCCUCCUCUCCGGCCAGAUCAAGCUCGCCGUCCCCGUCUACACCGUCCUCGGCGCCUGCGAGGACGUCCUCCUCAUCGAAAAGCUCCGCACCGCCGCCUACGCCAUCGACAACCUCCACGUCAUCGACGAGGCCACAACCCGUUGCCUCGACGUCGGCGGCGUAAAGCUCCGCCUCCUCGGCCUCGGCGGCGCCUUUGUCCCCCACAAGAUGUUCGACAACGGCGACGGCGCCGCAACAAUCGCAGGCGGCGGCGGCACAAUCUGGACAACCGCUCUCCAGAUCGGCGAGCUCGUCGACACCGCCCAGCGCGUCUACGACCCCUCCGAGACACGCCUCCUCGUCACGCACGCAAGCCCUGGCCGCGAGGGCCUCCUCGCCUCCCUCGCCCUCGUCCUCAAGGCCGACCUCACCAUCUCCGCCGGCCUCCACUUCCGCUACGCCACCUCCUGGAACGAGUUCUCCGUCCAGGCAGACUUUGACGGCUUCCGCCACAAGCUCCGCGCGGGCAAGGAGGCCUUCGACAAGGUCUGGGACAGCGUCAAGUCCCAGGUGGACGCCGUCAUCGACGACAACCAGCGCGUCCUCCUCGACAAGGCCCUCUCCGUCGUCGACCGCAUCCCCCCGCCCAUCGGCCACACAGGCCCCGGCGGCAUGGUCGCAGGCGAGGAGCCCGCAUGGAAGAACUGCUGGAACUGGAACCUCUGCGACGCCGCCUACGGCUCCCUCGUCCUCGACAUCAAGGAUGGCCGCGUCAGCGCCGAGCUCAAAAGCCAAGGCUUCAACUACGCCUACCGC